GGUUUGCAGUUGGACUGUCAGGCUAAACAGGGACACUUGGCAGGUUGUUUGCAGGUAUCGGCGGAGUGAAGGGCCGCACUCUCAGCCAUCGCAUUCACUGUGAAGCGCAGAGCAGGAGUCGUGUAAGAGACACCCACACAGAAAGAUGGCUUCUGAAGAUCUUCCUCUUCUCCUGCCCCGCCCCCGUCUGCAGCAGCUGGCCCGUGAUUGGCUGGCAGAGGAUGCUCCCUGGUUGGAUAUAGCAGGAUGGGCAGCUUCCCAUGGGAAAAGGGGCUGCCAGGAGGAGGCGGUAUUACUGUGUAAAUCUGCAGGGGUCCUAGCAGGGAGCCCCUUCUUCCAAGCGGUGUGUGAAGAGGCCGGCUGCCACGUGACCUGGGAACACGCCGACGGGGAACAGCUGGAGCCGGUGACGCGCGUGGCAACCGUAACAGGUCACAUCAAUGACAUUCUCAUAGCUGAACGACCGGCCCUCAAUGUCCUGUCCCGGGUCAGUGGAGUGGCUACUUUGGCGCGGCAAGUGGCUCAAGAGGCGAAGGCGUCGGGAUGGAAGGGGCAAGUAACUGGGACUCGGAAAACCACCCCAGGCUUCCGUCUGCCCGAGAAGUAUGGAGUACUGGUGGGGGGAGCCGGGACGCACAGAUACGGGACCAGCGACCUCGUCAUGUUGAAAGACAAUCACGUGUGGGCGAUGGGGGGAGUUAAACAGGCCAUGGCCGGGGUGCGCUCUCUCACUGGACAUACUCUGAAGGUGGAGAUUGAAUGUCGCUCUCUGGAGGAAGCUCUAGAAGCUGCAGGGUCUGGAGCGGACAUCGUCAUGUUGGAUAAUCUACCCCCAGAGUCGCUCCACGAAGCUGCGCUCUCGUUGAAGACCAGUUACCCCGGGGUGAUAGUUGAGGCAUCCGGGGGGAUUUUGCCUCAAAACCUUGUGCAGUUCCUUGGCCCUCACAUUGACGUUGUGUCCAUGGGAUGUCUCACUCAGGGGACUCCAUACGUCGAUUUCUCUCUUAAGCUUGCGAAAGGCUUGCGUGGGCCCCCCCCCUCCUAGAAUGAUGGUGGCCCCCGGCGGCCAGUCCCCCAUCAAAUUGUACCCCCAGUCACCCCAGACAAUCUCCCUCCUUUCAUACUGAUGUCCUUCUCGAUUGCCGGGCGUCUCUGCCCCAGGAUUAGGGGUAUUUGUAUCUCUUUUAAUAAAAAGCAUCCGUCUUUGAA